AUGUACACUUCGUUAGAGCUCACUGAAUUGAUGGAUAAAUACAUCGAGGAUACAGCAGAGAUUUCCGAGAAGUCCUGGAAUUUCCCUAAGAAACAUCUUUCUGCCCAUCUCUUUGAUGAUAUUGAGGUGAAAGGUGUUUCUCAAAACUACAGCACCAAGCCUAACGAGAAAAUGCACGGCCCAUUGAAAGAUGCCUAUCAAGAUCGUACAAAUUUCAAGAACUUCGCUGAACAGGUAAAAUACAUUCGCAACAAGUUGGAUCACCUUGACACUCAGAAUUUCAGCAUGUCCAAUUCAGAAGAUCAACCUGAUACUGCACUCCAGGAGACUGAUGAAGUUGAAUCGACAGAACCAACUGAUGCACAGCAUUUUAGUCUUGGUUCAAAGCAGGCAGCAAUAUCAUUCGCAGACAUCAAGGCAGGUAGUGCGGGUAAUCCGGCGUUUGAUAGAUUUUGGAUCAAGCUAAAUGACUUUCUGAACCACACAUUUGCUGCCAACAGCAUACCAUUUCCAGGUGGACAAUGCAUCCAACUCAUUGCAAGCAACAUGAUUGUGGAAUAUCGAUUCCUUAAAGUCAAUUUUGAGUUGCUUGUUGACUGGUGA